CAAAUAUCCCAUCAUUCAUGUUCUGUCACAAAACCAAGAUUCUGCAGCUUACUUAUAUACUCCUUCCUUCUCUUCUUCUUACCACUAAACCAAUUUAUAGCUAAUAUUUGUAAGGGAUAUAUACAUUUGUGGAGAGGAAUCAAUACUCUCUUUUUUAUAAUUUGGAAUUAUUAGUUUGGUACAAAGAUGUGUGUCUGAUCCACUUGGACUCUUCUCAAUUUUUAAACCAAUCCAUUACCACACACACUCCCUCCUUAGACUGACUCCCUAUCUUGUACUCUCCAUUAGAAUGACAUAACUACCCUGUUCUGUCUUGUUCAUUGCUUUUGGUGGUAAGGGUAGUUUAUGGUUUUCUUUGUUUGGAGAAUUUGAGUUCUCUUUUUCUGUUUGGUCACAAUUAUCAAAAGAGAGGAAGAAGCUCAUUUUCUUGAUCUUAUUCUCUCUCUUUUAGUAGUACAUUACGGCACGUCUUCUUCAUGAGAAGGACUUGAAAUAGUGUUCCAUGGUGAAUUUCUUGAGUGAAAAGAAACUGCGAGCUAAGUGUUCGUAAUAUGUCAGCAAAGAAGAAAGAUCUUUUGUCCUCAGCUAUGAAAAGAACCAGUGAAUGGUUUUUUAUUCUCUUCAUAAGAUUAUUUUGUUUCUCAAUCCAUUUUUUGUUUCCAGUCCUGAAGUAGAAAUCGUUUAUAAUACUCUUUAUUACAUCGUUUCAGGAUUUCUUCUCAAGAAGUAUCUAGUGAUGUCACCGUUCAUGUAGGAGAAGCUUCGUUUUCACUGCACAAGUUUCCACUCAUGUCAAAAUGUGGGUUUAUCAAGAAACUUGUGUCGGAAUCAAGCAAAGAUUCAGAUUCCACUGUUAUCAAGAUACCAGAUAUUCCAGGAGGCUCUGAAGCAUUUGAGCUAGCGGCUAAGUUCUGCUACGGCAUUAACUUUGAUAUGAGCACAGAGAACAUUGCCAUGUUGCGAUGUGCAGCGGAGUAUCUAGAGAUGACAGAGGAACACUCUGUGGAAAAUCUCGUUGUAAGAGCCGAAGCUUACUUGAAUGAAGUAGCUCUCAAGAGCUUAUCGAGUUCGAUCACAGUCUUGCACAAAUCAGAGAAGUUGUUGCCCAUUGCUGAAAGAGUCAAACUUGUAAGCCGUUGCAUCGAUGCAAUUGCUUAUAUGACUUGUCAAGAGAGCCAUUUUUGCAGUCCUUCUUCAAGUAAUAGCGGUAACAAUGAGGUUGUGGUUCAGCAGCAGAGCAAGCAGCCUGUUGUUGAUUGGUGGGCUGAAGACUUAACGGUUCUUAGGAUUGAUUCGUUUCAACGUGUCCUGAUCGCGAUGAUGGCUAGAGGGUUUAAGCAGUAUGGACUUGGUCCAGUGCUUAUGCUCUAUGCUCAGAAAUCUCUUCGAGGGUUGGAAAUUUUCGGGAAAGGAAUGAAGAAGAUUGAGCCAAAACAAGAACACGAGAAAAGAGUGAUUCUUGAAACAAUCGUAAGCCUUCUUCCUCGAGAGAAAAAUGCAAUGUCGGUUAGCUUUCUCUCUAUGCUUCUACGCGCAGCAAUAUUCCUCGAAACAACGGUUGCUUGUAGACUUGACUUGGAAAACAGAAUGGGAUUACAAUUAGGACAAGCCGUGCUCGAUGAUCUCUUGAUUCCUUCUUAUUCAUUCACUGGAGAUCACUCCAUGUUUGAUACUGACACUGUUCAACGCAUUCUCAUGAAUUAUCUCGAGUUUGAAGUCGAAGGAGUUCGCUUAAGCAAUAAUGGUGUUGAUCUUGCUGGUGAUAUGGAACGUGUUGGUAAACUUUUGGAGAAUUAUAUGGCUGAAAUUGCUUCUGAUAGAAAUGUGAGCUUGCAGAAAUUCAUCGGUUUAGCUGAACUUAUCCCCGAACAGUCUAGGGUUACUGAAGAUGGUAUGUAUCGAGCCGUCGACAUCUACCUUAAGGCGCAUCCCAAUAUGAGUGAUGUAGAGAGGAAGAAAGUGUGCAGCUUAAUGGACUGCCAAAAACUAUCACGAGAAGCCUGCGCUCAUGCAGCUCAGAAUGAUCGUCUUCCUGUUCAGACCAUUGUUCAAGUCCUUUACUACGAGCAACAACGUCUACGAGGAGAAGUCACUAACGAUUCAGAUUCUCCAGCCCCACCACCACCACAACCAGCAGCUGUUCUUCCUCCCAAACUUAGCUCCUACACCGACGAACUCUCCAAGCUUAAACGCGAAAAUCAGGACUUGAAGCUCGAACUUCUCAAAAUGAAAAUGAAGCUAAAAGAGUUUGAGAAAGAGAGUGAGAAGAAAACAUCAUCAUCAACCAUCAGCACGAAUCCAAGUUCACCAAUCUCAACUGCUUCCACGGGUAAGCCUCCAUUGCCAAGAAAGUCAUUCAUAAACUCUGUUUCCAAGAAACUCGGUAAGCUAAACCCUUUUAGCAUCACACCAUACAACGGUAGAGGCAGAACCAAACCACCAAAAGAUCGGAGACACUCUAUUUCUUGAAUACCAUAUCUAUAUACACAUAUAUAAAGUUGAAUUUUUGUUGGAACUUUUAAGUUCUGAUUCAAGGGGUUUUCUUCCUGCUUAUCAACAUUUGAUAUUUUGGUGUGUUUAUGAUGUAUAAACUUUAUCUGUGGAACUUAUCACUUAUGAGUAUAGAUCAUAGAUUCAGAGAAUUUGGGAUUCUAAAGCUGAUGAUGAUCAAACCAGAUCGUGGGGUCAUGUAUUAAAAAAUAAUAGUAACUUUUCAAUUUUAGUUCUUUGGAAAUUAGGGAAAGAAAUAUAUAUAAAAAUCAGAACUAGAACAGGGGAAGUAGGUGAUUCUCAUGAAGCCUGAAGGGAACAUGACA